AUGAAUGAUUGGAAUGUGCAGGUGCCAGAAAUACCUAAUUUACAUGAUGAUAACAUUAUCUCCAAAAAGCCUCUUAAGCAAGCCGCAUGCUUAAGUUGUCGACGCACCAAGACUCGUUGUGUUCGUGAACCUCCUAACAUCAAUUGCCAAAGAUGUCGUCAGAACAAUACGGAAUGUCUGGUACCAGAUUAUCAUGUCGGAAGGCGAAAAGGGAUCAAGAACAAACGGAGUGGAUUAGAUAAAGCUGUUCAUCAGCUUGAAAAGGCCAUGAAAAGCUCCAAGAAUGAUAAUGUACCCCAGGAAGAACAACGACGUCUACGGUUUCUUCUCUCCGAGGCCGAGAAUCUGGUUUCUGGAAGUACUGACAAAAUUGCCACGGAGCUUAUGGAGCAGCCAAUCCCCCAAAAUGACAUGAACAGUGGGUUACCAGAAGCUACUGAUUUAUCAUUAUCCAGGGCUCAUGAGUCAAUCGGUCAAAUAGAGAUGGGAAAUGUCGCUUUGGAUGAUGCUGAGAAUCCUCUGCAGCUCCUGGCUCGGGCAUCAGAUCUUGCAGAUACUGCAACCAAGCAACUGCAUAUGCCUCCUCCGUUAGUAGAAACAGGAGAGCUUCGUCGAUUCUUUGGACCCUUUCAACCACGGCUUGAUGUUGGAAGUGAUAUUGACCCUAUCGAUAUUGGUUUGGUGACUCAUGAGGAAGUGACUCUGCUUAUAAAAUAUUUCUACACAAAUCUAUCACAUACAAGAUGGGGCCUUGAUCCUUCUGUUCAUACGGCAGACUUUGUGCGCUCAAGAUCUGCGUUCCUCAUGACUUCCAUGUUAGCUGCAUCUGCACUUUUCAUUCCUUCGGGAGAAGCGCUAUCGAAGCGUCUUUCCAAGCACAGUAAACACCUUGCUCACUAUGUGAUAUCAAAGAGCCUUGAUGUAUCUCUAAACAAGAUCAUCGUACACAAUACAAACAAUUUUCAAACCGCCAUUCCAAAGUCAGACUGUAUUACUGCAAGGAAGGCUCUCGACAUGGACGGUUUUGUUGAAGUUGACCCUAUGACGCGAUGGGGCCAAAAACUGAUUCGCCGGCGUGAAAGAACAUGGCUUGCUCUAUUUAAUCUUGAUAGAGGAGUGUGCUUAGCACGAGGAAGAGCUUUUACUGUUCAAAUAUCUCCCUUCGUUGCAACUUGUGACGCUUGGCACAAUUCUAAUCUCGCUGAUGCCUGGGAUGGAUCGAUUGUAGCUUCGUCUGUUUUACGGCGAGAUAUUGCUAAAAUCAUUACUUGUAUAAAAGAUACCUGCGACGAGACUGUAUCCACAGUAUUAGAAGGCCAUGACAUUGCCCAGACUCUUCGACAAACAAUCGAUGAAUUUUUCGAUCACUGGUAUUCAACCUGGACCCCAGAGAUAGGGAGAAACAAAGACCUCCGCCUACCUCCUUAUGUAGAAAUCCUUGUUUCUCAUACCCGUCUUGCUAUAUACAGUAACGUCCUUAAUUACCCCACCCAAUUCCCGGCAGUCUCUUCUUACUUUCGUUCUGCUGGUCUGUCAUCUGCAUUAAAUGUUAUGAGAGCUGCUGUUCAGGGAGAGUCUCUUCUCAAGUCCAUGCCCAAUAACACAGCAAUCAUGGUGUCAUUUUCAGCAUGUUUUGCGCUCCACUUGUCCGCAAUGACUGCGAACAAGAACUCCAGUCUGAGAGAAAGUAUCAAAGUUUUGAUAGAGGAAACUGCAGAUGUGUUGGAGAGAAUAGGAAAUAUUACUCCCCAUAGAAAAGGAAGUUCGGCUUUAUAUGGUAGACACCUGAAAGAAAUUAUUCGGAAUUCCGCAGCAUUGCGACGAUCUGCUCCAUCUGUUCUAUCUGUUGUCGAUUAUGAACAGGUAGGACGCAAUACUGCCCAAGAGGCGCAGGAACCAAGACUAGAGCCCGGUUUCAUCGAGCCGCUUCAAUUCUCUACCAUGUCAGAUCACCAGAUCGUCGAAUUGUUCGACAAUGAAGAAGUUAAUCUAGGGAUAAGUCCAACGAACUUGCAGCAAGGUGAUACGACUGGAAUGGAAUGGUUGGAUUGGUUCGACUUUUAUGGAACAGUUCAGAAUCAAUAG